UCACAAAACAAUCGUUUGGUCCGGCUCAACAAUUUCAUUCUCCUGUUUUUUUAUUUCAUUUGGAGAGAAUUAAUCGAGAAAUGAAUUAGUAAUUUAAUUGCUACUUGAGUUAUUCAUUGAGUAGUGGUGAUGCUGGGGAUAAGUCCAAACUCCUUGUGACGAAUUGUGUUUUUUUUUUCAAUAGUCCAAUAGAUCCGCAAGUGGUUGAAGUGCUUUGGAGUGGGGAUAGCAAUGAAACAAAACGUUUUGGAAUGGUUAUUGCUUAUUGGAGUCUCGCGGAAUUAAUUUAGUAGUUCCUACUGUUAUUUCAGUGUGUUAAAUCGUCAUCAGUAAUAACUUUCACCUGACAAAAAGGUCAUUUGACUGCCGAGCACCCAAUUGUCGAGGUUUUUCAGGGAUGAAAAUUCAUUGGGGAUUGCAUUGGGGCUAACGUGGAGUGUUUUUUGACGCCGGAGGAGAAAAAAAAAUUGUAGAAUUAAUUUUUCAACGCCCCGAGGCACUCAAAGUUAAUUGACACAAUUGAGGUCGAUUUGGUGAAGUUGUGCGAUAUUUUUUUUUGUGGAUCUCAGGGGAAGUGAUACCACUGGGGAUUCUGGAGGUGGUGGAAAUUUUGAAGUGGCACGGUACUUUGGAAUUUCUGUGAAACGGGUUAUGAAUGUAUUUUUCAAGCUUUGGAGAGUAACAAUGGCUUUAGUCAAAAAAAUCUCGUUUGCAAAACAGUUUGGAAUUGAGGACUUUUUAAUCAUUGAUAUCUCGAAAUCGGCAGAGUGAAAGAAUUUUGUUUUUAUGGCAGAUUGAAGAUUUCUCUUUAUGUUUUACAAUGAGACGUCACUUAUUCAUAUCGCAUCAUCAGGCUAUCGAUGGGGAUGUCCUACGGUGCCACGAGGGUGGUUGACUCACCAUCAUUUCGUUGAUAUGAUCGAGAGUGUAUCUAGACGAGCGCUGAGUGGCUCCAGUGGGAGCUACCACGUUCGAGGAGCCGAGCUGGCGCGCGACAGAAGAUUAAAAUCUCUAUCAGCCACUGUUGUCUUCCUCGAUGAUACCCAGCACAUAUUCCAACUGGACAAACGGGCCAAGGGUCAAGCACUCCUUGACCUUGUCUUCCAUCAUCUGGAGCUCAUUGAGAAAGACUACUUUGGACUGCAGUACGCUGAGAACGGAAGUAAUUCGGCGAAUAGUUCUGAUGUUAUGCGGUGGUUGGAUCCUGCUAAGCCCGUGAAAAAGCAGAUAAGAAGUAAGGGCGGACAAUUCUUCUUCCGUGUUAAGUUCUACGUAUCAGAUCCCAGUAAACUCCAGGAGGAGUACACCAGGUAUCAAUUUUAUCUCCAAAUAAGAAAGGAUAUUAUGCAGGGAAAGCUACAACUGCCUGUGAGCACUGCCUGUCUGAUUGCCAGUUACACAGUUCAAUCAGAACUGGGAGAUUAUCAUCCUGAGGAGCAUGGGCCAGGCUAUCUGUCCAGACUGCAACUCAUUCCUGGACAGACUGAAGAAAUGGAGAAAAAGAUUUGUGAACUGCACAAGCUCCACAAAGGACAACUACCUGCUGAUGCUGAAUUUAAUUUCCUGGAUCAUGCGAAACGCUUGGACAUGUAUGGCGUAGAGUUACACAAGGCAAGGGAUUCAACAAACAAGGAGAUCCAGUUAGGAGUAACGUCAAUAGGUCUGGUUGUGUUUCAAAACAGCAUAAGGAUAAAUGUAUUCUCCUGGUCCAAAAUUGUGAAAAUAUCCUUCAAGAGAAAACAAUUUUUCAUUCAAUUGAGAAGAGAACAGUCUGAGAGCUAUGACACCCUCCUUGGAUUCAACAUGCAAACAUACAGAAGUUCGAAGAACCUCUGGAAAGCGUGUGUCGAGCAUCACACUUUCUUCAGACUUCACAGUCCAAAAAUGAGGCCUAGGAGAUUUCCCCUUACCCUCAGCAGCAGAUUCACAUACUCAGGCAGAACUGAGUAUCAGACUGUUGAGGAUGGAAAAUACAGAGCGAGGGUUGAGAGAACAUUCAUUAGAUCGCCGAGUAAACGUGUGGUGCACGGUGUACAGGCACCAGUUGUCGAGGAGAAGGGAAAAGUUGCUGUAGCACCUGCACGACCUCCAAGACCUUAUGACAAUAAAGUUCAGUCCCUGGGAUCCAGGGAACCACGACAGGCCUGGGGAGAAGGAAAUCCAAGUGAUGAUGAGGGUGGUUUUUUGUCCCUCAGAGAAGAGAUCAAUGGACUACAUCCCCAGGGAGGAGCUUUCUCACCGGUUUUAGGGUCAAAAAUUCUCAGUUAUGUGGACGAUGAUACGGCUGUUGAGAGGAAUAUUUAUGACAUACCUGAUUAUAGUGAACCCACCAGUUCGCCAGCUCCACCGGUACCAGAUGAGGGUCUGGUAACGAUUGCUCUCACUCCCGACGACCAAGGACGUUUUGGUUUCAACGUGAAAGGAGGUCUGGACCUUGAUAUGCCAAUUUUGGUGUCUAGAGUGGCUCCCAAUACACCAGCUGAUCGUUGUUAUCCAAAAUUGAAUGAAGGAGAUCAGGUCGUCUAUAUAAACGGAAUUGACGUAUCUGGUAUGCUUCACGAGCACGUUGUAAACCUAAUUCGUCAGUCUCGAGACACUGGAAAUGGUGAAUUGGGCCUGACAGUUCGUCCUAACGUUCUUUACAAUGCCCUAGCUGGCACAGAAGAUACGACAGAAGAGGAAACCCCAUACAGAUAUGUGCCAGACGUACCCCAUGUCACUGUGGGAUCAGACGCUUUAGCUCAGUCAAUGCUUCUACUGGCCGAUGGUCUCGCCAGUGGGGCCCUUAUCGCCCAGUAUGAGCAACUCUACAGGAAAAAUCCCGAGCUAACGUCCUCUGAGUCGAAAAAAACAGAGAAUCAAAACAAAAAUAGGUACAGGGAUAUUUCUCCUUAUGACGUGACUCGAGUCAUCCUCAUGGGUUCCAACAAUGGUGACUACAUCAAUGCCAACUACGUGAAUAUGGAGAUCCCAGGGUCUGGAAUCAUCAACAGGUAUAUUGCAACACAAGGUCCACUGGCAUCAACAGUUGCUGAUUUCUGGCAGAUGGUUUUGGAAGCUGGAAGUACUCUCGUUGUCAUGCUGACGACACUCGUGGAGAAAGGCAGAACCAAGUGUCAUCAGUACUGGCCAAAUGUCGAUGAGACUCUCACUCUUAGAAAUCUGACACUUACCUCGAUGUCAGAGAAGACUGAGGACUUUUUUGUCUUUCGAGAAUUUGUGGUAAGGGAUACGAAUACUGGAGAGGAGAGGGAUAUCACCCAUAUGCAGUACUGCGGAUGGCCUGAUCAUGAGGUACCUGGGGAUUGGAGACAAUUUACGGUAUUCACUGAGAAGGUCAGGGCUGCUAGGACUGGUAUGGUGGAACCUGCUGUUGUUCAUUGUAGUGCGGGAAUUGGAAGGACAGGGGUAUUAGUGCUUAUGGAGACUGCUCUGUGCCUUAUCGAGGCUAAUCAACCUGUUUAUCCUCUGGAUAUUGUCAGGGCUAUGAGGGAUCAGAGGGCUAUGAUGAUUCAAAAUGCUAGUCAGUACAAAUUCGUCUGUGACGCUGUUCACAAAGCCUACACGGAGGGCAUAGCAAAACCAUUAUUGGAAUUUUCCAGAUAAGAUCAAGUGGUGAAAUCUUCAAAUUUGGAAUUUAAAUUUAUGUUAAUUAGAAUUAUCUCGAGAACGAAUAGAUUUAUCGAGAAAAUAUACUUUGCAACGUUAUUUCUCAAAUCCUCUUGUUAGUCAGAUAAUUACACAAUAAUUGACAAGAUGUAAAAACGUUGAGCCUCAAAAACAUAAUUAUAAUUAUAUUAUAUUAAUUUAUAAUUUUAUUUGGAGAUAAAUAUCAUGGAAAUCAGUAGUUUUACGUCAGGGCAAUGUUUGUCAUAAAAACUGUCAUUUACGUCUGAUGAAACUAAUACGUUUUACCAUUUUUCCACUGGAUUAGUAUUUUUUUAAUGUUUGCGAAACGAUUAUAGAUAAUUUUUACAUAAGUGACAAUAACCCGCGUUAUGAUGAAACCUCCCUAAUUAUUAUAUAGACAUUUAAUAGCAGUUGUAAAAAAACCUGAAGACACUGUUUUGUCCUCAAACAUAAAGUUAAUUAACUUAUCCAGGUAUAUGCUACCUGGGCGUGUGAUAAAUUUGAUAUCGAGGAGUUUUCAAUUAAUCAAGUAUUUUUCAUUAAUAAAUGGAUGGAGAGGAACGAAAAAUUCCAAUCUAAUAGUAAUUUACAGUAAUUUUUGCAUGUUGUCCUUCCAAAACUCAAGUGAUUGGAAAUUAUUUAUGCGAUGCGGAGAAUUUUUAUAAUUAAUUUAUGUAAAUAUCGUAGAUAUACGUAGAAUAGUAUUUUUACCAAUUAUAUAAAUCUGUGCCACAAAUUCAUCGGUAGCUAACAACUGAUAAAUCGUCCAGAGCUACAAUUAAACGUAAAACCUCAAAUUUUUUAUACUUAACGAUAGUCAUAAUUAAUUCGUGUCAAUUUUAUUUUUUUAACAAUAUAAAUUAUUCAAAAUUCAUCCCAGUUUGAUAUUUUUCAAGUGAAAAAUUAGAGAUUAAGGAAAUCAAUAUGGACGUAUUAAUAGCUGUCUAGUCGAGUUUAAUUUGUAUUUUGACUAUCAUGAAAGAAUAAAUAAAUCAUUUUAUAAUAAAAAUGAUGAGU